AUGAUAAAAGUUAGUAACAUAUAAGACAGACUGUCUGCCUUAACGUUACUUCUGCUGUCUAUUGCCUUACAAAUCUGUGCCACAGCAAGAUUCAUCGUGAUGUUGCUCAUGGUGAUUGUGUUGUGCGUCGGGCUGGUGGCGGGUGCUCCAGGUAAACAGCCUAAGGACGAAAGUCUGAACCACUACAUGGACUUGGUGAUGGACAAUCUGCAGGUCAUGCUGGUGGAAAAUGGCUUUGAUCCCGUUGCCCUCCCUAAUACCUCGAUGGGUUUCAGUGAUGAGGUGUUGGGCGUUGUGUGGCACGGCGAGGCUAAGCUCUAUGAUGGAUGGAUGCGUGGACUGGCUUCCAUUCAUCGCUCUGGCAAUGCUGAGUUCAUAAAAAAUUCAGAGGAUCGCAUUCGCGGCCUUUUGGCAAGUCUAAGUCUCGGCGAAAUGAAGGGCCACUAUGUGUGUUUGGCCAAGUUCAUGGACUUGGGUCCCAUUGCUGACGUCUUCAUCGAUGUUAAAGGAUCAGAUGUUUACUUCGAGGCUCUUCUGGAUACUCACCAAUGCAAAUUUAGAGCUGAGGUGUUGAAAGUGACCAAGCUAGGAUCUAUUGAUGUGUCCAUUAAGGGGUUAAGUGUGCUUGGGUGGAUUGUUUCGAGCCUGAUGGAAUUCGUCAUGAUAUUUAUCAGUGGUUUUAUCAAGAAUAUUGUGGAGACUGUGAUGAAGGACAUGACUGAUGUGGUCCUGGACAAUAUUGACCUCUCACCUUUAGGCCCAAUUCUGGGAUGUGAUCCUUCCGCUGCUCACUUGGUUCAACUUCACUGAGGUCUUGCAGUGAAAUAUGUUAGCUUACUCUCAUGUUUAUCACAUGCAAAUAAAAAUAGUGAAAUACUU